AGGGAGCAGAUCCAUGACGUCGUGCGCGACCGAUCGCAAGUGACAUGGCUGUGAUUGACUUCAAAACCAUCAGAUGGUCGUGAUUACCGUGUAAUGUGACGCGUGCCGCAUGGAUCUCCGCGGCACCGUUCUGAUGAAACCGAACUUUGGGUGCCGCAGGUAUCCAAGAACAAUGGGUUGAAUAGCGAGGAGCGAGCGUGCACACAUAGAAAAUGCUACAGCUAGCAGUAUUACUUUGGACAGGAUAGAAAAUUGUAACGAUUGGAUCAGAUAUUCCAUAUUGGAUUGUAGUACUCUUGAAAAUUAUACUAAUAUGAGUAACAUCACAUCACAGGAGAUUUCGUUGAGAUCAAUCUUCAGACUCAACAACAAUGAUUUUAAAGAAUUCAUUUGUGGCUGGGGUGCAGCUGUCAUCAAUGUCACCAUUACCUUUCCGAUUAAUAAAAUUAUAUUCAGACAGAUUCUGGAAGGAGUACCGGUGACUGCGGCAGUUGGGCAGAUGUCGCGAGAGGGAAUACAACUGUUGUAUCGUGGAAUUUUGCCCCCCCUAUGUCAAAAGACUCUGUCUGUUAGUGUGAUGUUCAGCGUAUAUGAGGGAUGCAAGCAGAGGCUCACUCUGUUAACCGGACGUCCCAUGUUAGCUCAAGUGAUGGCAGCGAACAUGGCCGGCGCGACGGAAGCUCUCUUGAUGCCGUUUGAGAGAGUCCAAACACUGCUGCAAGAUUGGCAUUAUCAUGACAAGUUCAAAAACACGUCGCACGCGUUCAAGCAUCUGUUAACAAAUUAUGGGAUGACAGAAUGUUAUCGCGGCUUCUUGCCUAUUGUAUAUAGAAAUGGCUUGUCCAAUCUCAUGUUCUUCACUCUACGCGACCAGUCGAAGGUGCUGAUGGGCGAACAUGAGUCUCUACUAACGAAUUUCGUCAGCGGCGCUCUGAUCGGUGGUUUCGUCAGUACGGUGUCGUACCCGCUAAAUAUCAUCAAGAUACACAUGCAGGCAAAGAUAGGCGGUAACUUCGAACAAUUCCUGGCCGUCAUGCGCGAGGUAUACAUCUCUAGAAAUCGAAGUAUAAUUUACUUCUAUAAAGGUGUGCAUCUCAAUUACAUGAGGUCUUUCAUUAGCUGGGGUGUGAUAAACGCGUCGUACGACUUCCUGAAGAAGAUCUUUUUCUAGAUUAUUUAAUAUUAUUUUAUAUUUAUUUAGGAAAUAUAUUCUCAUACGACCGCUAUAUAGAUUAAUUGGCAUAUUAGGCAAAAUAGUAGGAAAGGUGUUUUUUGUUUUUAUAUUAUUUGGUUGUAUACCUAAGCAAAUACCUUAAUCGCACAUUUUUCUUGGUCAUCAAGGUGAACAGGAUUGCACACAGAAAAAGGUUUAUUAUGGAGGCCUGACACAGUAAUUGAUGUCUUUAAACAAUCUAUAAUUCAGACAAUAUAAUUUAAAAUAAUUUAUAAGAGAACUAUCAAUAUAUAUAAAUAUUCUAAUAUACACUUGAUUUCAAAACUGAA